CUUUUCAAAGCUAGAGAAACACGUGCUCCCUUUCACCCAUCACGCGUGGAAUAUCUAUUGCCAAUGACAACGAUAUAUGUAUGCGGUUUCCAUAGCAACGAUAUGUUUGGGUCACUUUGAUGAAACUUGUUACUUGAAAACGAUAUCCUAAAACUGAUAAGUGAUACAUGGAUACGGUUAAGGAUACUGCUCUCUAAUUCAUUUUCACCACAAACCACAUAUUCACAAACUAAUCGCAACUAUGCAGCUCAAUGGCUGAGCUACACAUCCUCGGUGAGCUGUGUCACGCGUCCGACUUCGAGGAACCGAACCUGUUCUGCCGGUGGAGUGUCCAGUUUGGCUCGUGCUGGAAGGUGAUCGAGGGCCAUUCGGAGGGACAGAGUAGUACCAGUGCUGACCGUGUAGGACAUAGGUCCCAUUUUGGCACCCCGAUCGAUCUGCACCUGGCUUGCCGGGGUAUUCAGGGUUGGCCCAAGAUUCACAUCGAAGUGUACGCGCUGAAUUCGUUUGAGAACUAUUGGCCCGUGGGGUACGGGUUUGCGUUUGUGCCUACGCAACCGGGACUGCAGCGAGUGCGGGUGGCAACGUGGAAAGUUUCGUCGGCCAGGUUUUUCGAUACGGUUCGGGAGAAGUUCCACACCGGGGGGUUUACUGUUGCCAAGAGUGAUAUAGUGUUUUCGGGGAUUGAGCGGUAUAAACUGCUCACCAAGUCGUCUGGGAGUGUCGAAUUGGAAUUGAUGUUAAUAUUUAAAAACUUUGCUGAAAAUGGCGUGGAGUUGCGGUAGAAUCGGAUUGAUUUUUGUUUGGACAAUUGCACUAGUCGUAGGUGACCAAGAUGCUCACAUGCAAAAAUUUGUUAAAAUUGAUGUGUCCAA